AUGGCACAUGCAGAGGAUUGCUCCUCUGUGCUUGAGCAGUUUGUCCACAAUGUCGCAAACUUGCCAGCAGAAAUAAACCAUCUGAUGGAGGAGAUACAAGCCAAAGAUAAAAUAAUACAAGAGUGUCGCGCUAUUAUCAACUCGAGGGACGGGAGUUUACAGAAAUUUAUCAAGAUAAACGGAAGCCAUGCCUUGAACCCAAAAGAGGAGGCAUACAGCAAGACUAUCCUGCAAAAUAUGGACCGAUGCCAGGUACUGCAGGAUGAGAAGGUUAUCUUGAGCGAUAAGGCGAGCAUCCUGCUGGACCGGCAUAUCAAGAGACUUGACGUUAAAAUCCGCGAACUUCAAAAUGAUGGCCUUCUCUCGAACGAUCCGCCUCUCCCCUCUCUCUUCCAGAAUAAGGAUUCACAUCGUGAAACCCCCAAGGCUAUAUUUCCCGAGGCCACUGUCCAUGAAGGGUCUUAUUCCGCACCGUUAAAUGCUGCGUCGGGAAACGUGAAUUUACAAUAUAGCCUUGCCCAGAGGUUGAAUAAUAAUAAUGUCUCCCGUGUAUCUGCAGGGGCUGCUGCUGCUACCCAAGCUGCGGCUCGCAACUCAGCGCCUGCUACACCGGCAGCCACAGCUUUACACCAACAGCGCCGUGAAUCAUCAGCGGGAGCAGCUGAUAGCAAGCGGCGUCGGUUAAAUGGGUCAAUUAGCACGCUGCCUGUUGCACCCUCAAAUCUCCGGCAGUCAUCAACUGGCCCUGGGACACCCAAGGCCGGGACACCAGGAGUAUCACGGGCAGGUAGCGCCGGCCCCCGUUCAACAACCGGAGUAAAGAAGCCCACCACAAAGAAGGUUGCGCCGCAUCAGCAAGUGCGCAAGAUAAAGGCACAUAAUGCACCCGGAAAGCCGACAAAACGAUCUUCAAGCGGAAAUCGCUUGAAACCUGUAUCAGGAAAUGGGAGGAAAAAAUCUCGAUCUCCAGCCUCAGGCCUAGCAGAUGAAGAAGAAGACGAAUCAAUGCUCAGCAGUGCUGACAUGUCUGAUUCCGAAAACGUUCAUGUGUCUCGACGACAAAUGGCACGGUCUUCGCAAGAGGAUGCGGAUGACGACGACGAUGAGGAGGGAGGCGAAGACACAAAAACAUAUUGCACUUGCCGAAGCGUUAGCCAUGGAGACAUGGUUGCUUGUGAUAAUGACAACUGCCCAUACGAGUGGUUUCAUUGGAAGUGUGUUGGACUUACCAGGGAGCCCUUGGGAACUUGGUAUUGCGAUGAGUGUCGUAAGAAUUUGGGGAAAUGA